AUGCAACAGAAGUAUGAUAGAUCUCAUGGAAUCCUCAGGUUCCCCCUUUUCGGGAUUGCCCAUCAAUGUGGCAGAGUGGCCUUCUGCCUCUUCAUUGGCUGUUCGCCUGGAGCAUGGCCCUCCCAGCCAGCCAUACAGAGUAAAGUGCUCGUCAGCUCACCGCGCCGGUACCGUCCCGCUGUCAUACUAAGCGGUGGGAAUGGAUGGGGUCAACUCGAGAAGCUAAAGUUAACCAUCCUAGACUAUGGGAUUACUAGUACUAUUCGCCUGCCAUCCAUCCACCAAAACCUUGCCCUCGGAGCUAUUUGUUCGAUCGGAUACAACGUUGCUGCGAUUGGGCGAUCUAGGCUGAUCACUCUGUGCUCGAUUGGUGUGGGAACUGGGAAGGGGGGGAACAAUAAACUUCGUCAAAUGUUCAAGACGAUCGGAUCCAGAUCAUCGUGCAGUCAUCUCUGCAGGUCACCACCACCCUCCAUCGGCGUCUCCGAGAAAAUCUUCCAGGCUUCUAUUUUCCCUGCCUAG